CCGGGAGCGCCUAGAGCGGCCUUAGCAACGGGGUGACUGAGGAUAGCGGCCUUAGUGACGGCCCGGCGGCGUGGAAGCCGCGGACCCACGGCCGCUGGGCAUGGCCUCCAGCUUCCGUCGGACUUCCGACCAGUGGAAGCAAAAAGCAGCAAAAGUUGAACUGAGCCAAUCCCAGAAGCAGGAAAUCCGAGAGGCCUUUGACCUAUUUGAUGUGGACGGGUCUGGAGCCAUUGAUGUCAAGGAUCUGAAGAUUGCCAUGCAGGCCUUAGGGUUUGAGCCCAGGAAGGACGAGGCCAAGAGCCUGGUAGCUGAGGUCGACAAGGAUGGGCGUGGCACCAUCUGCUUUGAGGACUUCCUCGCGCUCAUGAGUGUGAAAGUGAGUCAGAAGGACGAGAAGGAAGAGAUCCUGAAGGCUUUCAAGCUGUUUGACAACGACGGCACGGGAAGCAUCACCCUGGCAGACAUCAAGAGGGUGGCCAAGGAGCUGGGGGAGAAGCUGUCGGACGAGGAGCUGCAGGAAAUGCUCGACGAGGCGGAUUGUGAUGGAGAUGGAGAAAUAAACGAGGAAGAGUUUUUGAGAAUAAUGAGGAAGACGUCUUUGUAUUAGCAGCUUUGCCCCUUCUGGAAGGGGGUUUCCCUCUGCGCUGCACAUUCACACCGGCCGUGCAGUUCU